AAGCACUUUACCGAUCCGAGAUGUAUUAUAGUUGUUACUUUUGUACUGACAUAUAAAACACCAGCUUUUCUAAUACAGGCUCAUUCAUUCAAAAAGCAGGAUCUUAUCCAAUCAUUCCCUGUUCCAACAGACAAUGGCUUCUUUCUCAAUAGAAGAUUUUGUUGGUGAUGGGGUUCUCAAGGAAUUGAUUCCAAAGUUAUUAGAAGAAGGUUGGGAUGACGUCCCAACUUUAAAGAUCAUGAAUCCAGAGGAUAUGGAUGCAAUCAAUAUGACACAACAUCAAAAGGAUGCUCUGGAGAUCAGAACGUACCUUCAUGAUCGAGCUCUGAUGCAAUAUGGAGAUAAGUUAGAGGCCUCCAGGAAAAGCCUACCUGAGCUCCUUAACUUAAGCACCGAGGAUCUGUCUUCGCAAUUUGGCAUGAGAAGGGGCCACAUUGCACGUUUCACAGAUAGAAACAAUAAAUGCACCGAUCCUCUACCCAAAUCUUAUGGCCUCCCUGCAAGGAAACUCACAGUUACACCAUCUAGAAGUAACACCAUUUAUAAGAUGCAAACCAUAAGAAAAUCCUUCUGCAGGAGCAGCACAAACAAUGACAGGUCGCUGGAAGAAUCACUGGCUGAUUUCAAGAUUAAAGAUCGAUACAUAUUUAAAGGGAUUGUUGCUGCAGGACCAGCUGAGCCUCGAGCAUGCGGUUGCAUUCAACCUCCUCCUGUGGUUGACAAUGUGGCACCCUACUCUGCUAUUGAAAACAUAUCAGUUCAGAGAUUAACUCCUGAGUAUAAGAUUGGAAUGGAGCGUUUGGUGAAAACCAAGACUCCACCUAUGAAAGCUUCAGAACUCUGGCGAGAUAAGCCGGCUGUUCUCCUAUGCAUUCGACGGCCAGGGUGCAUUAUGUGCAGAGCUGAAGCUCACCAGCUCUAUGCCAAAAAGCCAAUAUUUGAUGCACUGGGAAUUCAAAUGUUUGCAGUUCUUCAUGAACAUAUAGAAUCAGAGAUAAAAGACUUUUGGCCACGUUAUUGGGGUGGGGUUGUGGUCUUCGACCGGACUACGGGAUUCUUCAAAGCUCUUGGAGGUGGGAAAUUACUUAAAGACAAGUUUCUAUCAGGAUUUGUGUUCAACCCCAGGGCUAUUGCAAAUUAUAAACGUGCAAAAUCUAUGGGAAUAGAACAAAAUUUCAAAGGAGAAGGUGAAAUUAAGGGUGGCCUUUUUGUAGUUGGUCCAGGAGGAACUGGAAUAGCUUACCAGUUUAUAGAGAGGAAUUUUGGAGAUUGGGCUCCUGUAGCUGAAGUUGUAGAGAUAUGUGCUCGAUUAAAAGUAAUUGCUAGGAACUCUCUUAAUUCCAAAUCAUGGUAUCACUAA